UACCUGCGUCAACAACUUGGUAUACAACCUCAUGAGCCCGUCAACCUAUGGUCUCUUUCCGAUCCCCCCCCCGGCGAGAAGCCUAAUCAACCCUAUCCGAUGCUCAUUAAGCUUGCGAUUUACGGCAGUCCCAACAAGCAGUUGACCCUUCAGGAGAUCUACAGCGAACUCGAAAAACGCUUCACUUGGUUCCGUGAGCGUCACAAUGAGCGGGCAUGGAAAAAUUCGAUCCGUCAUAACCUAUCGCUCAACAAGGUGUUUCGCCCUGUUCCACGGCCCAUUACCGACCCUGGGAAGGGAAGUUACUGGCAGCUUGAUGUAUCUGGCGGAGAGGGCUACAAACGUGCCCGCAAGCGA